GUGAGCACCAACCUCCUUCUGGAAUUACCGGUUUUCCCUUCAUAUCAAGUAACACUAUCGCCUUUCGCCUGUCUAUAUAGGAGCGAAUCCUAUAGGAACCCAUGCUUUCCAUACCCACACCGAGUCAAUGCCCAUAGAAAUCCCCAAAGGCCUUUAUAUUCAAGUUUCAGAAUGGCUGGUGUACUGACGGUGGUCGCAGAAGAGAUGGGGAGAGCCUUUGAAAUGGUGUGGAGUGGGGUGGGAGUGGCCAUUCGCCUUAACAACAAGCUAAUGACCACAGUGUUCAGGGCUGCAACCCGAAUUGUACAACUACUCUUGCUGCUUGUGAACAAAGCUGCAGAUCUGCUGUCUCUCCUGAUGACAGACUUACUCUUCUUCCUGGGUGACAUAGGGAAUGCAGUCCUCACUAUGGGUGUAGCAGUACACACAGGGGCCUUGACAGUGGUUAACUUUGUCUAUGGUACCUUCAUGUGCAUUGUAUCUGCAGUGAUGUACUCCUGUCAUCUAGUCCACACACUCUACUGUUCUAUUCUCUCAUGGAUAGUGCUUGCCUUUGGACAGCUGGGCAAUGCUCUUAACAUUGUUAAGCACUUUUUUGUCCUGUUUGGCUCAUCAGUCAUAUUCCUCAUCAGCCUCAUACCGAAUUUGAUAUAUUUAACAUUCACAGGUCUAAUUCACCUGUGUUCUUGUGCUUAUCUUGCAUGUAGCCAGAAAGUGUAUAAUGCUUGGCUAACUGCAUCCUAUAUAGGGGAUACAUGCAUCUCUAGCAUAGUGAAUUUUCUUUGUGACAUUCCUGUAGAAGCAGUUAUUGGUGCAGCAGUAGGGUCUGCAGUCUUAGUUGGACUCAGAUAUGUCCUAGUUUAUAUGAUGGAUAAUUUGAUUCUGAUCCCUGACAUGCCUCUGCCUUCCCUUCUCGUCAUUAUGAGGCAGAGAUUCCUCAGAUGGUACACAGCAAUAGUACAAAGAGCUCACCAAGUACCACCAAUGGAGGAUGACACAGAGGAGGAAGAACUAGAUGACACCAGUGAUGAAAAUGGCAAUGAUAAUAAUGAUAAUGUACCUGACCUGAAUCUACCUCAGAAUCAGAUGUUCAUAAAUCAGAUGCAGAUUCCCUAUCCACAAGUGAAUAUAGCAGGAGGCUCACAAAAUGCCCAAAUAAACAGAGCAGGUGGAUCAAACAAUCCACCUCCACCAAUGGCAGCACCAAUCAUUCCUGAUGGACUGGCUAGAAGGCCACUCACAAGGCAGCGAUAUCGUCUUCAGCAGGAAGAGGAGGGGGAGGAAGAGCAGGAAGUGGCUCCCAUACCAGAAGUUGCACAUGCUGAAAUCAAGAGAGAAGGAAGAGAAGCAGUAGCAAAUGAAAAUGGCCAGGCCUACCAGCUCUAUAGGGAACUAGAGCAGGAACGUGAAGGUCGUUUGUGCAUAGUGUGCCAAGAUCAACCAAAAUGUGUGAUUCUGCUUCCUUGCCGCCACUUGUGUCUGUGCGAUGCUUGCCGUUCAGCUAUUAUCACAAGAGACAAUAUCUGUCCUGUAUGUCGUAGACCAAUUAUGCAAACACUUAGGGUUUAUGUCUGACAGUAAAAAUGUAUUUUUAUUUUAUUAUAAGAAUUUGAUAGAAAAGGAAAAAUGUUAAGAUCAAUGAAAGAAGUUGCAGUGUAGUGAAGAUAUUAUUAUUACAAACUUGAGUAUACAUGGCACUGAUUUCUUAAAAGCACUAAUCAAUUGUGCUUUGAAUAUUGAAACACCUGAGCAAGUACAGCAAAUGUAUAUUGCCAAAUGUGUUGAACCAAGGUUUUAUAGCCAUUGAAGUCAAGGGGCUGGACCGGCAUAGUCAAAACUCUUAAUGAUGUGGCCCUAAAUUAGAGGGAGUUUUGAAGCUUCUUUCACAGCGUGACUGAUCUGUGACUGUUCAUAUGUUUAGGGUGCCAUGUUAUGCAGCAGUGUUGUUUUUUCUCCUUUUGGAAGAACGUUAUUUGUUUGUGAAAGAUGUAUUUUGUGUAUGAUUUUGUACCUGGUGAUAUGAAAGUUUUUUUGUUUUUUCUCUCUUCUUUUCUUUGGAAAAAUAGAUGCACUUCAUGUAAGUGUGUUUUUUAUUAAUCUCAUAAUGUAGAUGUUAUAUUUCACUGCAAAAAUGGUCUUUCUUAGUUCUAAUUCUAUCCACCGUUCAGUACUUGAAGUUCUAAAAAAGUGUAUCAGAAUAACUUUUAAAAAUGUCAGUUACAGAUUAUAGAUACAAGAUAAGUAAUUUUUUUUUUUUUUUUUUUUUUUUUUUUUUUUUUUGAUGCAGGCUAUAGGAAGUCAAAAUCCAGAAAAAUAUUCAAAUACUAUUUAUGGAAUGCAUACUAAGUUUGGCAAGUAUGCACAGAUGACAUCAUAAAUUUGUGCCAAAAACUCCCCACCGGUCUUGUCAAUUAGAUCAUUAGUUCUUAACUGCUCUGAAAGUUAUAAGUUGAGAUCAUUCAGUGAAUUUGUUUUUGUCACUUUUCCAAAGCUGUCUUUGAAAAUUAUGAUAGCAUUUAGAGUAUUCCUGUGUUCUAUUUUAAGUGUUUGUUCCAAUUUAAUUUUUUUUUUUUUUUUUUUCUGGCUUCUAGAAGAAUAAUUAAGUUUUGUACAUUAUAGUUUUAUUUUUAUUUUAUUUUUUCCAGCAUGUGGAAAAAAUAAGCUGAAAACACGAAAUUUAAUUAACAUGAUUAUUAUUUAUAUUUUUAUAAUGAACUCUUAGUAUAGAUUACAGAGAAAGAGAGAGAAAAUUGUAUACCAGGUAUCUUAGAGGAUUUUUUCUUCUUCUUCUUCUUCUUUUUUACAAUCACCGCUUCACUGUGCAUUAGGGAAUACCAUUCGUACUGUCCUUGUACCUGACUCUUUUUUUUUUCCCCAGUUGUUUUGUAUAAAUAUCUUUUUAUUUCCAAAGCUUUAUUUAACUUUGAUUAUCUCUGUCAGGAAACUGUGCAAUUAGGUUACACAAUGUGAUAAAAAAAACAUAAGAAGAAUUAUUAUUUUUAUCUUUUAAGGUAUAUUCUGGCAUUUUUUGAAACUGUCAUUACAAUUUGUAUUACAUUUUUAGAUACCUUGUGAAGGAAUUUUUGGCUCUUUUUGUAAUCAGUUACUUGGUCUAAUUUUUCCUAUAUAUAUAAAAAAAAAAAAAAAAUUUAGGUAUUAUAUAUUUGUAUCUUCCAUACUCUUAAAAUUAAGCUGGUAAUUAACAGUGUAAUUUGGCCAUUUUUGCUUUGUUUUGUUUUCAUGCAUCAGCUAUUGAUGAAGGUCUUUCUCUCCUCCCUCUUCUCUCUAUCUCUCUUUCAUACUCUCAUUCUUUCUUUUGUUUUACCCGGAAAAUCCCUUCAUUUAUCUUACAUGUGAUGGAUUCCAGACCUUCAACCAUUCCUUUAACCCAUUCGCCCCAUGUGGCAAGAAUACAUGCCAUGCCCACUGUAAUACUCGUUUAUUUAUUGUAUUUACACAUAGAUGGCUCUACAAGCUCUUAAUCACCAAAUAGCCAGUUAUUAGA